AUGUCACUGUUCCGUUUCACAGAUGAGGAAUGGGCGUUGCUGGAUCCUGACCAGAGAGCUCUGCAUAAGGAAGUCAUGGAGGAGAAUCAUGGGAUCGUGGCCUCUCUCAGUAAGGCUCCCUUGUGCAUCAUAAAUAUCUCUUCGGAAAUUCCAUGCAUCUCUCUCUGUGAUAAGCCUCCCUGGUUUUGAGGAAGCACUAGAGGGCUAUUUGCAGCACCUGGGAUUCUAAUACCCCCUAAACUCACCUUAAAUGGAGGGCUAUCGACUGUUUUGACCAUGGACAUGAUGAGGCCAGCAUAGACCUUGCUGAGUAUGGAAUGGGAACAUGCUGGGAAUUUGAGGUUAGGAAAGCACAUCUUUGUUUGACACUGUCCUGCCUUGUAUUGCCCAAAAUCUUCCUGACACAGAGCUUGUGGAAGGCAUUGAGGGGUUGUUUCUGAUGGUUGUAAUUUUCCAUGACUCACUUCACAAAGCAGCUUGCUCAACACGCAGUCCUAGUAGACCUUCAUCUUGGUAUUGAACGGUUAGCAGCCCAUUCGCCCAUACUCUUUUGGAGAGGUGAGCUGUUGCCGUAACUGCCUCGCCAGUACACUUGUCCAGGUCAGCAUCAAUGAAGAGGUUGUUGGUUUCUUAGGUAGACACAAUCAUCCACCACCUCCAUUGUCUGAAACUCGCAUGGUUCUAAGCACAUUUUGCAACAGGGAAUGUCAUGGACACGAGCAGUUUCCGAGCUCUGCUCGCAGAACCUAAGAUUUCGGAUUAAAACUGCAGAGUGGAAGGAAAGGAGGACCUUUUUCUGCCUCCCCACUUCCAGCUACUCUUUAAAGACUGAAGGAGAGACCUUCUUUAAAAAUCAGGGGGGUGGGCAGGGGAAGGACUAGACCAUGUGAAAAAUGAACAUAUUAUUUUAGCUGCUGUUCAUUCCUGUCAGAGCUGGCUCCAGGUCCCAGCUCACAGAGGACCAACGCUAGCCGGCAGUAAUGUACAAAAGUCUUUAUUGAAGUACAGUUUCCAUUUUCAAGCCGCAGCGCCCCAGCUCUACGUCUAGGGGUUAGAUCGGCGAAGCUCCAUCUGAGUCUCCGCCGCGCUGUACACCAGUUUAAGAUUCUAGCCUUACUCCACCUCUUACGUCUCUCCUUUCUCCUCUGGGUCCUGCUUCCCGGCGGGGUCCCUUCCUUCCUGGAUUCUUCGGACGCUGUCCCCCCUGACUCCUCCACCUCUUUUCGGCGGGCUUUGGGACCUGGCUCCCUAUCCGGGCUGCCAACUGCGCCGCCCUCCUGUACAUUUGAACUUGGCGCGCGCGCCCAGCCUUCAACCUUCCUCUCGACCGUUUCCUCGCUCCCCGAUGGAGGCGUGGCCAAUCCUGACUCAUGUCCUCCCACUGGCAGUGCGCCGCCUGAUCCCGAUGCCUGGGACCCCUCCCCCCUACUGCACUCUGGUGUGGACGCUGGUCCUGAUUUCCAACUGCUGCUCUCUGAGUCCCCUCUGGCCCCUUCUUCCUGGGGUGUCCCCUCGGCACCCCCUUGCUCUGACCAAGGGAGCCCCUUUCUGUGAAUCUUCCGAUUCGCUGGAAAGACUCAGAGACCUCGGACCGCUGUCAUCGCUAACAUUUCCUUCGGACUCCUCCCCUCUCUCUCUAUUUCCUCCCUUUCCAGUGCCUCUGCUCCUGAACCCCUGACAUCCAUCCCCCUCGAAGCCCCCCUUCCCCCUCCCCUCCUUCAGGUGUGGGUCCUGGGUUCUCCGUCGUUGUGGUGGUGAGUGCCGGAGACAGUUCGACCCCAGUGGCGUGCAUCCAGCCGGAUAAGUCCGGCUCGUCCUCCGUGCUCUCGCCGACCUCAAUUUCCUCUGCUUCCAUCUCUUUGCCGCCGUGCUCGAACCCAAGGUCCUCCCCCAACACGUCCAUGUCCGUCUCUCCCCGGUCUCCUCCGGGGACGUUGCCUGCCAAGGACCCCCCAGCCACUUCCUGCGCCACUGCUCCUCUGGUUGAUUGUCCCACCAAUAGGAACGGUCUGAGGCAGACCCCGAGGGUGAUCCCUCCGGGGACGUGUUUCUAGUGCCGGUUCCUCGUCCGAGGUGAACCCCUGGAAUGUGCUAGCUGAAAAUGUGGGUGUGAAAAGCCAGUCGUCGAAAUACUCGGCUGGCAUGGGCCUGUGUGGGAAAAGGGCAUGAAACUCGUCCUUGAGAAAAGGUUCGUCCAAGGCAUGGUCUGGCACCCAACUGUUGGCGCUGGCCGGGGUACCUUCUCUGGCGAGAAGAUAUUCUACUCCCUCUUCCCCCCAUCUCGAGUCUAAAAUCUCUGUGACUUCGUUGACGGGUUCCCGCCUUGGCGACCCCCUUGUGGGCGUUUCCCUGAACGGGUCUGGUGCCGUUCCUGGCUCCUGAAAUCUAUGAGGUGCUUUGUAGGGCGUGAGCACUGAUCUAUGGAAAACUGGGUGCAUUCUGGAUCCCUCCGGCAGUGUCAACCGGAAGGCCACUGGAUUGACCUGUGCCUCGACUUGGUAGGGUCCUAGCUGCUUAUGCCCUAGCUUCUUCUUCGCUAACGAUCUGGCCGGCACUGCCUGGGCUGCUAACCAAACCCAGUCUCCCACCUGUAUGUCUUCCCCAACCCUUCUGUGCUUGUCAGCCUGCAGUUUGUAUGCGUGCUUUGCUAGUUCUAACUGCCUCCGAAGCUGUUCGUGAACCUCCUGCAACUCUGAUGCUAAGGCUUCCGCUGCCUGUGGCUCCCCCUCCCCGGCUCUCGCUAAUCCCGGGAAGGUUCUGGGAUGCCUCCCGUUGUUGGCGAAGAACGGUGUCACCCCCGUGGACACGUGCUUCGUGUUGUUGUAGGCGAACUCAGCGAGCGGCAGGUAGUCCACCCAUGUUGCCGGCUGCUGAUUUGCGUAGCAUCGCAGGUACUGCUGCAUGAUGGCGUUGACUCGCUCCGCUUGUCCGUUCGUCUGCGGGUGUCUCGCCGACGCUAGGUUGAUCUUGACGUUCAGGAAACCCAUCAGCUUCUGCCAGAAGUUCGAGAUGAACUGUCGCCCCGGUCGGACAGGAUAGACCGUGGCAGACCGUGAACCCUGAACACGUGGUCUAUGAACAGUUUGGCGGUCUGUUCCGCCGUGGCCACCUUCGCGCACGGAAUGAAGUGGGCCAUUUUGGUGAACAUGUCCACCACCACUAGCACUGCCGUCUUGCCCCUCGAGCUGGGUAGAUCCGUGACAAAGUCCAGGGCCACCCUCUCCCACGGUUCGAGCGGUGUCUGCAGCGGUUCGAGCAGUCCCGCCGGCGGUUUGUGCACUGACUUGGCCCUUUGGCAGGUGUCGCACCUCGAGACGUAAUCCGCGACUUCCCCCCGCAUCUUGGGCCACCAAAAUCUCUGGCUACUAAUUCUACCGUCUUCUCUUUGCCAAAGUGCCCGGCGGUGGGUGCGUCGUGCAACUGCUGCAGUACUUUCGCGCGGAGGUCGUCUCCCGGUACGUAGAGGGCCCCUCUGCGGAUGAGCAAUCCGUCGCGUAUCUGGAACUCGUCGUCCUCCGCCGUGCCCCUUUGCACCUCUGCCAUCUUUGCUUGCGCGAAGGGGUCCUCCUGCAGUGCUCGACGUACAGCAUCCAGGUCCACGGUUGCUGAAGCGCACGCCCACGCUUUCGGUGCGAAAAUGUGCUUGGCCGCUGCUGGUGCCGCCUCCUCGAGGUAUUGCGGCUUUCUGGACAGUGCAUCCGCCAUGAUGUUGUUGUCGCCUGGGAUGUACUCUAUCCUGAAGUCGAAAUCCGCAAAGAACUCCGCCCAUCGUAUGUGCCUCUGGUUCAGGAACCUUGCCGUGCGCCAGUACUCCAGGUUUUUAUGGUCCGUGCGGACCUGCACUGUGUGUUUGGCUCCAAUGAGGAAGUGCCGCCACGCCUUGAAUGCUGCAUGAAUGGCCAGCAACUCCCUGUCCCAGAUGGUGUAGUUCUGCUCUGACUUGCUGAGCUUCCUGGAGUAGAAGGCACACGGUCUCCAGUCCCCAUGCGGGUCUUGCUGCAACAGUACUGCUCCCACGGCUCUGUCUGAGGCGUCCGUUUCAACCCUCAUCGGUCUGCUGGGAUUCACAUGCAGUAGCUGCUCUUCGGACGAGAAGAGACGCUUGAGUUUCUGAAAGGACUGCUCCGCUUGCUCCGUCCAGAUGAACUUCUUCUUCUUGGAGCUGAGCGUGUCGGUAAUGGCCGCCGUCUGCAUCGCGAACCCCUUGAUGAACUUGCGGUAAAAGUUGGCGAAACCGACAAACCGCUGGACCUCCUUCCGAUUGCGCGGGCUCUUCCAGUCCAACACUGAGCGAACCUUGGCGCUGUCCAUGGCGAGCCCCUUGUCCGACAACUUGUAGCCCAGGAAAUCUACCUCCUUCAUGUCGAACUGGCACUUCUCCAGCUUGGCGUACAGCCUGUGCUCCUGCAGUCUCUGCAGAACUUCCUUGACGUCUCCCUCGUGGGUCUCCUCUGAUUCUGAAAAUAUCAGGAUGUCGUCCAGGAAGCAGACGCAUUUCUUGUAGAGGAGACCCGCCAAUACGUGAUGCAUGAAGGCUUGAAAACAGUGGGAGCCAUUUUGUAAUCCAAAGGGCAUAACUCUGUAUUCAUAGGUGCCCAGGGGCGUGAACAUGGCAGUCUUCCAUUCGUCGCCCUCCCGUAUGCGAAUCAGGUUGUACGACCCUCGCAGAUCCAACUUUGUGAAAACGCGUCCUUUCCUCACCGUUGCGAGCAGGUCAUCUAUCUUGGGCAUGGGAAAGGCUGUGGGCUUGGUUUUCGAGUUCAAAAUUCUAUAGUCCACCACAAGCCUUUUUGGGGCGUGUCCUUCUUCUUCACAAAGAAUACAGGACUGCCCCCACUGCCUUCGACUCCUGGAUGAAACCGCGCUUCAAGUUGAGGUCUAUGAACUCCCUGAGUUCCUGCAGCUCGUCUUCAGACAUGGAAUACAGUUUCCCGGUUGGCAGCGUCGCCCUGGCAGGAGGUCAAUCUUGCAGUCAUAGGACCUGUGGGGAGGUAGCUUGUCCGCUUCCUUCUCGCAGAAAACCUCCAAAACGCUGCGUACUUGAGUGGCACUGCUUGCAGCGUGCCUAAUUGUAGCUGCGGGUCAUCCUCUUCCCCUUCCGGGCUAGGCAGAAUGCAAUGUUCCGCACAGUAUGAGGAGCCGAAGGUCAGUUGUCGCUGGUACCACGCCAAUGCUGGGCUGUGCCUGUGCAGCCAACUCAUGCCUAAUACUAUAGGCGUGUCCGACAGUUGGGUGACAUUGAAGCUGAUGACUUCUCGGUGAUUCCCAAUUUGCAUCACCAUCGGAGGCGUUUGCUGCACCACCUGCCCCCAGCAAUUCCCUGCCAUCCACCGUGACAACUUUCAGAGGCAGCGUGGCUGGCAGGAGUGCUAUGUUGUGCUCUUGAAUGAAAUCCAGUCCUAUGAAGUCUGCGUUACUACCAGAGUCAAUGGUAAUCGGCACUUCCAUAGUGAGUCCAUUGGGUAGUUGGAGCGAUGCUGUGAGCUGCACCACUGGUUUGGGCGGGAGGGGGUCUGUGGGCUGCAAAAUCUCUGGGGACGGCUUCAUUGACUUGUCUGGCUGGGCCCCAGUGCCUCUUCCUCCAACCAGACUCUGUCGUUUCCCUGCUGUGGUUCUCUCUGCUGAGUUGCGUCUGUUACUGUUGCUGAGGCUGCAGUGUGCUUGUGGAGCCUCUGGGGACACUCUUUCGCCAUGUGCUGAGCACUGUCGCAGAUGUAGCACUUCCUGUUCCCUCUAGGAGGCUUCGCUUUGACUGCUCCCGGUGUUAGGGCUCUGGUUGCUGACUGAGCCCUGGCGCCUCCAAUCUCCAUCGGUUGCUCUCCCCCUCCUUGCGGAGGUGGGGAUUGCACACGCGCUGCAUCCUUGGGAAAGAGGGAGGUGCUCUCACUGGCGUACGUCCCCAACGUCCUUCUUCUCUGUUCCAUGGACGUUCUUCCAGACGCACCCCAAUUUGCAGCGCCCGCCGGACAACCUCCUGAGUGCUCUUUGGUCUCUCCCCCCUUGCAAUCUCAUCUUUCACAUUUGCAUUCAAGCCUUCCCAAAAAGGUCUCUGGCUGGGGCAGAAUCCUUCUCCCAUCCCAGCGCAUGGACUAAUGCAAAAAGCGGGAAUGGUACUGCCUUACACUGGCUCUGCCUUGUUUGAGCCCAUGUAUGUCUUUUCUGGCGAUAUCAAUGUCUAUAUUUGAUAAAAACACGAAUCCAUCGCUUUAAUGAAUGCAUCCGCAUUUUGGAGCGCCGGAUCCUUAUCUCUCCACAGAUUGCGCAGCCACGCUUUAGCUUCCCCAUGCAAAUGGGACAAGAUAAACCCCACCUUCUCUUGCUCAUCUCUAAAGUCUUUAUCCAGCAGUUCCAGCGCAAACAGCACGUCUGCUCGGAAGUUAGGGUACUGCUGCAAAUUCCCAUCGAAAUGAGAUACCAGGCUGCCUCCUCUUUUCCCCAGCCCAAUCCCCUCUGAUUUGGGUCCCGGUUGCCCCUGCUUAGCAAGCACUUCCAACCUGGCUUGGAGAUCCCUGCAGGCGGCAGCCGCUUCCUCUUCCCUUUUCCUGGAUGCGAGUACCUCCGCGUUGAGUUGUGUCACUGCAUUUUGCAGGGCUGCUAGUUGCUGUUCUGUAGUCAUCUUGCCUGACUUUUGUGAGCUCGCGAAGCACCAAUCUUCUUCCCUCGCUGCGUCCACUCACGUUACGAGGUUUUUGGUGCAAAACUUUAUGAGAUGGAGCUUACUGUCAGAGCUGGCUCCAGGUCCCAGCUCACAGAGGACCAACGCUAGCCGGCAGUAAUGUACAAAAGUCUUUAUUGAAGUACAGUUUCCAUUUUCAAGCCGCAGCGCCCCAGCUCUACGUCUAGGGGUUAGAUCGGCGAAGCUCCAUCUGAGUCUCCGCCCCCUGUACACCAGUUUAAGAUUCUAGCCUUACUCCACCUCUUACGUCUCUCCUUUCUCCUCUGGGUCCUGCUACCCCCCGGGGUCCCUUCCUUCCUGGAUUCUUCUGACGCUGACCCCCUGACUCCUCCCCUCUUUUCGGCGGGCUUUGGGACCUGGCUCCCUAUCCGGGCUGCCAACUGCGCCGCCCUCCUGUACAUUUGAACUUUGCGCGCGCGCCCAGCCUUCAACCUUCCUCUCGACCGUUUCCUCGCUCCCCGAUGGAGGCGUGGCCAAUCCUGACUCAUGUCCUCCCACUGGCAGUGCGCCGCCUGAUCCCGAUGCCUGGGACCCCUCCCCAACUGCACUCGGGUGUGGACCCUGCUCCUGAUUACCAACUGCUGCUCACUGAGUACCCUCUGGCCCCUUCUUCCUGGGGUGUCCCCUCGGCACCCCCUUGCUCUGACCAAGGGAGCCCCUUUCUGUGAAUCUUCCGAUUCGCUGGAAAGACUCAGAGACCUCGGACCGCUGUCAUCGCUAACAUUUCCUUCGGACUCCUCCCCCUCGCUCUCUAUUUCCUCCCUUUCCUGUGCCUCUGCUCCUGAACCCCUGACAAUUCCUUUUCAGCUUUGUAUUUUUGUCAUAAGAGAGUGCAUAUGGACAUUCCAUUUUUGAGCCCAUAACCUAGGUUUAAGGUCCUCUUUAUGUCCUAGCUGUCCUAUCUCUGUUUCUAACACUGACCACCUCUAGUGUGUGGUCAGCAAUGUUGAUGCAUGGAAUUCUUCCUCUAUCACAAGGGUUAGAGAUCAAUAUUCAAUACAGUGGCACUCCAUUUCUUCCUGCAGCUCUAAUCCAUUUCUUCAUUGCAGGUGGUGAUGAUUUGGAAAUUGAGAGCGAGGAUGCCCAUGACAGAAUCCACACAGUGGAGAAGCCAUUGCCACUCUUGGAGUGUGGAGAGAGCUUCAGUCACAGCUCCCAUUUGACUACCCACCAAAGAAAUGCUAUUGGGAAGAAACCCUCUCAGUUCUCUGAAUGGGGAGGGGAACUUUCUGUUGGAAUGAAAGCCUCACUUCACAGCAAAUAA